GUAAUCAGAUAAUUAUCAUAGUUGUUCCGUCAAAGAGGCUCUGCUGUCUUUAGAUAAAGCUUGUCUAGUUUUGGCUUUCUCUUGAAGACAAAAAAAAAAAAACACGUUUCUGCAUUCGCCGACAAAACAAUUACGAUAAUCAUGUCCUAAAAUUAGUCUUGUGUUUCUGUGUUUCCCCAUCGCUCUCAUUUUCCAUCCUCCAAUUUUCUCCUCUUACGCCUUCAAUUCGCAGUUCUUUACAAUGUUAGACAAGUGUUUGGGUUCUCAAAAGGCAAGAAGAUUCCAGAGAUUUCUCAGCCAGUGCAAGGUCACAAUCCUCUGUUUUUUCCUCACCAUUGUUGUCCUGCGCGGCACCAUCGGCGCCGGAAAAUUCGGAACGCCGGAGCAGGACUUCGUCGACCUUCGUAACCGCUUAUCCUCCCGGAAGCUUGCCGAGCCUCAUCGUGUUCUCGGUGAGCUUCAUUCCACCACCAAUUACAACGCCUUCGACAUCAACACCAUAUUGGUCGAUGAAGAAGAAGAAGGAGAAAAGGACCCUGAGAAACGGAACCCUCACGAGCCUUAUCGUCUUGGACCCAAAAUCUCCAAUUGGGAUGAACAGAGAUCGAAGUGGCUUCGUGAAAACCCUAAUUACCCGAAUUUCAUUCGACCCGGCAAGCCUCGGGUUCUUCUGGUAACUGGGUCGUCGCCGAAACCGUGUGAGAAUCCUGUUGGGGAUCAUUACUUGUUGAAGUCUAUUAAGAACAAGAUUGAUUAUUGUCGCUUGCAUGGUAUUGAUGUGUUCUACAACAUGGCUCUGUUUGAUGCUGAAAUGGCAGGGUUCUGGGCGAAGCUUCCUUUGAUUCGGAAGCUUCUUUUGUCUCAUCCUGAAGUGGAGUUUCUGUGGUGGAUGGAUAGUGAUGCCAUGUUCACUGACAUGGCAUUUGAAGUGCCGUGGGAGAGGUAUAAGAACUCUAACUUGGUGAUGCAUGGUUGGAAAGAGAUGGUGUAUGACCAGAAGGAUUGGAUUGGGUUGAACACUGGGAGCUUUCUGUUGAGGAACUGCCAAUGGUCUUUGGAUAUUCUUGAUGCCUGGGCGCCAAUGGGGCCAAAAGGGAAAAUCAGGGAUGAGGCUGGGAAAUUGCUGACAAAGGAGCUGAAAGACAGGCCUAUUUUUGAAGCUGAUGAUCAAUCAGCGAUGGUUUAUUUGCUGGCGAAAAAGAGGGACUUGUGGGGUGAUAAGGUUUAUCUUGAGAAUGGUUAUUACUUGCAUGGUUACUGGGGUAUUCUGGUUGAUAAGUAUGAGGAGAUGAUUGAGAAUUACCACCCUGGUUUUGGGGAUCAUAGGUGGCCGUUGGUCACUCAUUUUGUGGGUUGUAAGCCUUGUGGGAAGUUUGGGGAUUACCCUGUUGAGAGAUGCUUGAAGCAGAUGGAUAGGGCUUUCAAUUUUGGAGAUAACCAGAUACUGCAGAUUUAUGGGUUCACUCACAAGUCUUUGGGUAGUAGGAGGGUUAAGAGAAUACGGAAUGAGAGUAGCAAUCCUCUUGAGGUCAAAGAUGAACUUGGCUUGCUUCAUCCAGCAUUUAAAGCAGUUCAUGUAUCAUCAUCAUCUAGCUGAGACUCCUAUCUUUUUGUUGUGGUUGAAAAGUCAGAAAACUCGUCAGGUCUAGGUAUUUUGUUAGAGGGUGCCCUUAAUUAGGUGUAGAAAUAGAAUUUUUGUCUCCUUGUGAUUAUUUGCUAUAGAAGGUAUAUUGUGAGAAACAGGAAAGCAGGAUAUAUAUUUUUUGGUUUAAUGAACAUUCUUCUUCAACUUUGGUACUA